CUUCAUUCACAGCGUCCGGCUUUUUAAGGCGACAAUCUAGCGAUUUCCGUUUUUGAAGGAUCUACCACUUAUCUACAUAUGCAAAAGCUAAUAUCUACACGGAAACAAAAAUAAACACUAUGAAUUCAGAUUGAAGCAUAUUUAGAGGUUUUAAAAGCAAAAUGAUGAUUAGGAAAACAUAUUUUCUUCUUCUUCUUAUAGGUUCAAUAGCGUUUUCAAAUGGAGCGACAACAGAAUCGUCUGCCACUACAGAUGCUAUGGAGCCUACUACAAUUGAACAGAGUUCCGAAUCUGCUGCGGCAACAACAGCGAUGUCAAAUGACGCCGUAACCACCAUGACGUCUGUUGAUGCAACAACUAAUCCCCAACUGGAGCCAACAACAGUCAUGGCUGAAACAACACAAGAGGCUAUGACAACAGAACCAAUGAUGGAUACAACAACAACAAUAAUGAUGGAUCCAAAAACAACAAAAAUUAUGGAAACAACAACAGAAAAAAUGAUGGCCCCAACAACAACAAAAAUGAUGGACCCAACAACAGUUCCAAUGGUAACAAGAAUGGCGUUAACAACAACUCCCCCAUGUUCUGGUUCAGGCUGUAAUACCCAGACACAAGAAUCAGAUUUUGGAAGAGUGGGUCUGGUGGCUUUUGGACUUAUGUUUGCAAUUUCCAUUAUACUUCUUGUCUUGCUGAUCGUCAUGGUAUAUAAAUUCAAGAGUAAGUCUGGUACCUAUAAAACAAACGAGGGAUCCAGUCCAAGGAAUAUGAUGGAUGGAAUUCACAUGACAAUGCCAAUGGAUAAUGGUGGACUCGAUAACGUACACACCAUUGACCUUGAUAAAGGUGAAGAGGAAGACAGAGGUGCUGGAGUUAGUACGUUUGCGGCAGUGAAUGAACAAGAAAAACAACAUGGGAAUGGAAUAAAAAGUUCUUUCGGUACUACCGACAAAUCCGAAUUCAAAAUGGCGGAUUCGGGAUCAAUAAAUAAUUUGCUUCACACAGAAGAAUCUGAUAAGAACGAUGAUUCAGAUAGAGAAUCAGACACGGAGAAUCCAUCUACAUUCAUAGGACUGAAAGUCGAACCAUCAACUGGCGCCUCGGUGGAAUCGCUCGAACGAUUGAAAGAAACUGAUAACUUGAUGGACGACGACGAAAAGGAUGAUGAUCCCAGUAGUUCUGAAUCAGAGGACGAUGAAGAUUUACCCCCGCCAGCCUUAUCAGAUUCAGACAAUGAUGAUAAACAUAAGGACGAUUCCGAAGUCUAGGUUUUUUAAUUGGCUAUUUUAUUUUAUUUCAAAAUCUGUUUCAUUUUUCGGAUUGUGAUGUUGCUCGGUCUUUUUGUACACUAUAUACAUAAUUAUGACUAAUUUUCGUCGACAAAAUAAUUGAUUUGAUCACUAGGCCUGUAAAAUGAAUGAUUGAUUAUGUGAAUGUGUCGUUUUAAUUUGUUUAUUUGCGUUCUAAUCAAAUUGCUCAUCAUGAUCAUCAUCAUUAUCAUUAUUAUCAUCAUCAUCAUUAUCAUCACCAUGUAACGUCAUCAUCAUCAUGUAAUACAUGUAUUAUUGUAUAUACAAAUGAGUAAACCUAUUUUUACCAGAUCAAGAAUACUUUCUCAAUUUUAUUAUUUCAAUUUCUGUCUAUUUCUUAACUAAAAAGUUGCAUAUUUUAUUAUCAAUAGAUUAAAAAAUUGUCAAGUUUAAGACUAAUGACGCGCCGUAUCAAAGGAUUAGUGGUCAAUGACAUACGGACAUAACUCUACUGAUAUAUUUCAAGUAUAAGUGGGGAUACUCGAAAAUCUUCAAACAAGUUUUUAGACAUCUAUAACGUAACUAUCCGAUCAAACUUGAAAAUAAAAUAACUUGAAAAAAGUAAUCGAGAACUUAAGUGGUUAAAUCUCGCGCCUUCACUACUUGGUGUAUUGGAGCAGAUGGUCUGUGUUAUCUGUUGGGCCUCAUUCUCAGUGUACAUAUCCUAUAAGGUUAUUAGUAUGAUUGUAUUUAAUUGUAUUUGAGUGAUUGUGUGUUGUUAAAACAUCUAUAGACAGUUUCAACCAUUAAUAAAUUAACAAAUAAAGAUUUA